AUGCAGACCAUGGGGACUACAAUGGGGCCGACUCACCUGGUUGCUCUUUAUGUGGCGACAGCCGGUCUCCAGGGUAAUGCUCUUGGCUCCGAUGAGGAGGAGAUCACGCUGCUGGUUUACGUGCUCAUCGAUAUUCAAGAAAAUAAGGUAAUGGGAAGGCAACAAUUUAUCAUACGACCGAUGGUAAUGGACGAAAGUUGUACCCCUGGAACUGGCAGCGACAAUCCGGCGGUUGCCGGAAGUAGCGGUGUCAUCAGCGAAGCAGCAUUGGCACAUGCUCCGGCGUUGACUGAAAGAAAUCUUCGAGAGCAUGGAAUUCCUUUGGAACAGGCUAUUGAACAGUUUGAAGCAUGGUGGUCCAGUAUGUCGCACGUGACGUCUGGCUGUGUACCAUGUUUCGUCGUAGACGGCCAGGCGCCGAUGAGACAAUGCUUACAUCCAGAAGCCUGCAACAAAGACAUCAAUUUGCCAGAGCACUAUAACAUGUUUCACGAUCUUCGGAAGGAAUUCGUUGCUUGUUACUCGACUCAUGGAGAACUUUCGACAUUCGGAAUACAAGAGAUGAUGGAAUGUAUCCUUUUCGAAAUUUGA